CAGGGUGAAGAAGAAGAGAAAGAGCGGAGCAGGACGCUGCGUCUGAUCUGAGACCCUGCUGACUGCUGAACAUGAAUAAACCUGUGUAGUUUCUGUCACAGCUUCAGUAUCAAACGGUCUCUCAGUCCUACAUAUCUGCUGAGACCCCGGACAGCCGUGCUUGAAGUGGGUUCAUCCAGCUUGUUGAAGUUUCUCCCUUCAUCCACUCAUCAUGGUGGACUACUACCAGGUUUUAGGAGUACGGAGGGAUGCUUCUGCAGACGACAUAAAGAAAGCGUACAGAAAGCUGGCCCUGAGGUGGCACCCCGACAAAAACCCCGAGAACAAGGACGAGGCCGAGAAGAAGUUCAAGGAGCUGUCAGAGGCUUAUGAAGUGCUGUCAGAUGCCAACAAGAGGAGCAUAUAUGAUCGCUACGGCAAAGAGGGGCUGACAGGGAACAACGGAGGAAGAGGGAGCCAUUUCCACAACGGAGACCAUUUCCACGAACAGUUCACAUUCCGCAACCCAGAGGACGUCUUCAGGGAAUUCUUCGGAGGCAGGGACCCGUUUGCAGACUUGUUUGGUCCAGAUCCUUUCAGCGAGGACCCGUUUUUCGGCAGCGGCCGGCAGCACCAGAGUCGGGCGGGUCGCAGCCGGACGGGCGGCUCGUUCUUCGGAGGCUUUGUUGGUUUCCCUCCCUUCGGGGCUGGAUUCUCACCUUUUGACCCAGGCUUCGGUUCUUUCGGCUCCAUGAACACCAUGGGCCACAUGGGUCACAUGGGUCACAUGACAACAAUGGGCAGUCUGGGAGGUGGAGGCUUCACCUCUUUCUCCUCCACCUCGUUUGGGGGUGGAGGAGGCGGAGGAGGAGGAGGAGGCGGCGGCAUGGGCAACUUCCGCUCUGUGUCCACCUCCACCAAGAUCAUCAACGGCAGGAAGAUCACCACUAAAAGAAUCGUGGAGAACGGCCAGGAGCGGGUGGAGGUGGAGGAGGACGGGCAGCUGCGGUCACUAACCAUCAACGGUAAGGAGCAGCUGCUGCGACUGGAACACAAGUGACGAGCUGGACGUCGUCUGCUGGAGAAGUGUUACCUCAGCACAAACAGACCAACAAACUUGAGCUUGAAACAGGAGGAAAAAAAAAAAAAAGCAACAAAGCGAUGUAAUGAUAGUGCUCUACUAUUGUCUGGAUGUACAUAUUUAGGUUGUGUUUAUCCCCCUCAUGUUCUCUCCCUGCUGUUAACCAUCGAGUCCCGUCAGAGGAUCUGGACGCAGACUUUUCUAUGCAUUUUGUUCCUGUACUUCUGAAUUGGAGCUGUCGUUAUAUUUUGGCUCAGGGUGGUGUUAUUGUUUCAGUGUUUGGGACCACAGUAUUGUUCUGAUGUAUAUGACCAGACCCCCUCUUCUUCUUCUUCUUCUUCUUCUUCUUCUUCCUCCUGUACUUCCUGUUUGCACUCCACUGUGUCAGUGUGUGUGUCAGCUGCACACACACACUGUUCAGAAAACAAAACAUGACUUUUGUUCAUUUGAUUUUACAAAGUGGAUCAGAAAAACUGAAGCAUCAUCCCCGUCUCUGUUUACUGCUUGUCUAACCUCUUCUUAGUAAUAAUUCUUUUUUUUUUUAUUAAAAAAUACGAUGCUGGUAGGAUGAGUUAUGCAAUUUUAUAUGUUCUAAUACCAUUGUGUUUCUCUUUAUUUAAUUAUGCAUGUACACCUGUUGAUGUUGAGUCUUAAUGUUAAAGCUGCAUUAUGAUGCACAGAUAAUGGAAGGCAUUCUAUAAAUGAUAUAUGGAUAGAGAAGGAAUUUUGUGUACUUUGUAAACCAAUAAAUCUGAGCUUCAUCCUGUUUUCAGGAUGCUGAAGUCUUGGUUGCUCCGUUAGUCUUGUCCAACCUUCAGGUAUCAUUUUCGUCAUGUAGAUUUCACUUUGUCACAUUUAUUAGAAAUGUCUAUUGAAUCUAAGCUUGGGACGAUAUUUGAUAAUAUUCAUAUCAGGAUACUUCCUGCCAUAUGCAGGAUGUUUCUAUAAUAUCAAACAGUCUGUCCUGCUGCAGAGUUUAACCCUCAUUUCACUGCUUUUCUCACUGUACAUUGUAUCAUGUCAUGUGACAAAUAAAACUUUGAACUGCUGUUUAGUGGCAGCAUCACUUA